AUGAUUGAUCGACUUAGACAUUUACAAGAAAAACAAGUACAAUUCUACGAAGAUCUUGAAAAAUUAGUAGCUCGAGUAUCAAUUGAUUUUUUACCUCGAAGCUUCGACGAAUUAGAGCGGUUCGUUUCAUUUGAUGAUUGUUUUCCUUUAAUUAAAGACAAUAUUGCUGUGGAAUUCAAACAAAACAGUUAUAAAAUUAUGCAAGAAGCAAAACGUAUUUGGUUAAAUACGUAUGUUGAUGCAUAUGAAAGUCAAAUGGAAGAAUUCGAACAUCAAUAUGAAAAGAAGCUGGAUCAAGAAAAACAAGAUAAAGAAGAUGCGGCGAUUCGAGCUACUUUUCGGCUUCGAAAUCCACGUACCAGAUCAUCAUCAUCAUCAUCAUCAUCUUCGUCAGUAACCGCUGCAUUCAAUUCCACUUUAACAACAUUUAUGCCUGUUGCUAAAUCAUCACAAAAGCGUGGUCAUUCUGGUCGUCCUCCUAUUAUCUUGGCAGAAAAUCAAAAAGAAAAUGUUCGAGAUACUGGUGCUGGUCGUUUACGACAGAGUAGUGGCAAAGGUAAUUCAGGUUUUCGUAAAUCAUCUAUUGAUAUAUUUGAAACUACUGAAGAAAAUCGUAUGGACUCAUCACAUUUUUUGGGAUGGAUCGAUCGUACUGCUUUUCUUCUUCGAAAAGAACUCGGAAAAUAUACCAAAAUCGUUUUCAUAAUCGAUAAUGCUCCUUGGCAUAAUCGUCUCACAAACGAUCCAAUGCCACCAAAAAGAUCGUGGCAGAAAGAAUAUAUUAUACAAUGGCUCAAUGCUCACAACAUAAAUGUUCCUGUUAAAGCUGUGAAAGCUGAAUUACUUGAGAUUGCUAUGAAAAAUCUACCCGAAAAACGAUAUGAAAUUGAUGAAGCAGCUAAAAAUUACAAUGUUGACAUCUUGCGCUUGCCUAUUAAACAUUGUAUGCUCAAUCCGGUGGAAUUAGCCUGGGCAGGUCUGAAGCAACAUAAACUUAUAUUAUGUGAAACUGAUAAAAGUGGUGUACUUCAUAUUGGUCGUCAAAUUGAUUAUGAACGAAAAGCAGCUGAAUAUCGACAAACAACAGGUGCUUAUGAAGAAUUAACUUCGAAUCCAUUCAAUGAUAUCAUCUGUCCGGUAACUCGUUUACUUAAACAAUUACAAUCAAUGAAAAAAAUAACUGAAUGGUAA